CUGUCAACUUUUGUUUUGUCUGUAUUAUACACGAUUCGAAUUCAUUCAAGGAGAUUUUUCCAUCAUGACUGUGACCUACACCUCACGUGUAAGCACAUCGAAUGUCGUCAGCAAUUUCUUGGGCUUGCUGGUGAGAUGGCGCGGCAGCAUUUAUAAGUUAAUAUGGUUGGACCUUAUUGUUUUCUUUGGACUGUACGUCUUGCUGGCCAUUACAUAUCGGUUGUUGAUAAAUGAAGAGGGCAAAAGAUUUUUCGAAGCCAUUAUAACAUAUUGCGAGGUGAAUGGUUCCCUUAUACCAUUAUCCUUCGUGUUGGGGUUUUUUGUGAGAAUUGUGAUGAAACGCUGGUGGGAGCAGUACACGACCAUUCCUUGGCCAGAUGGGAUUGCCAUUUUGAUCAGCACCAGUAUCCAUGGAUCCGAUGAUAGAGCCCGCGUUAUGAGGCGAACGAUCCUAAGAUAUGUCUGCCUGUGCCAGGUGCUCGUUUUUACCAUGAUAUCACCGCGAGUGAAGCGUCGAUUUCCCACUUAUAAUCAAAUCAUUGAGGCUGGGUUCUUGCUAGAAAAUGAACGAAAGAUCAUUGAGACCAUGGAUCAGGCCUUCCCAAGUUAUCCGAAACACUGGAUGCCUAUCGUUUGGGCAGCUAGUAUUGUGAUGAGGGCCAGGAGGGAGAAUAAGAUCAGGGAUGAUUACGCCGUUAAGACGAUCAUUGAUGAGCUGAACCAGUUUCGCGGAUAUUGUGGGUUCUUGCUUUACUACGAUUGGGUCAGUGUUCCGUUGGUGUACACCCAAGUGGUCACCGUGGCCACCUACUCUUUUUUCCUGUUCAGCGUCCUCGGACAGCAGUGGAUGGAGAACGCCUCAGAUAAGGAAGGCGUGAGUAUUAGCAGGUGGUUCCCCAUCCUGACGGUUCUCCAGUUUUUCUUUUAUAUGGGUUGGCUCAAGGUAGCCGAGACUUUGAUCAAUCCGUUCGGAGAGGAUGAUGACGACUUUGAGCUAAAUUGGAUUAUCGAUCGGAAUCUUACUGUCGCUUAUUGCAUUGUGGACGAGAUGCACCAGGAGCAUCCUGAACUGGUUAAGGAUCAGUAUUGGGAAGAGGUGUUUCCCAAUGAAAUACCCUAUGCUAUACCAACUAUGCGACAUAACCCUCCGGAAGCUUCAACUGCAUAUAUGGAAACCCAGAGGAGAACCCGUGGAUCGGGACUUUCGACUCAAAGUAAUCCUAGUAACCGUAGUAGUAGCCGCAGUAACCGUUUACGGAACAGCUUCAAGCAGAACUUCUUGGGAAGACCAUCUGCCACUGGGAGCUACUCAGACUCCUUCCAAAUGGACGAUGGAUCAUCUCGAAUGACCUUCAGUGAAAGUCAGUUUACUAUGGAGCACCAAGAUUUGCAUAGCUCUCGUAAACCUUCUCAAUCAACGAUUGAUUUCAAUGCCCUUAUUGAGCAGCGUCGUCGUGAGCGCACGGAGCGAAUGCGCCACCGAUUUUUGGACAUGAGAAGUACCCAUCUCCGUCAUGAUAAUACCGGUGCCCCCUAUACGGUCACAGUUCUUCGUCCUCCGUCCGAUGAAACUCUAUCAGAAAGUCAGGAAGCGGGAGACAGAACCCAACAGGACCCUUCGUCCAAGGCUAACCCACAAAUUAAACCAGAAAAGAACGAUUAAAGAGAUGAGAAAUAAGAAAUAAUGAGCUCAAUAUAAUUGAUAUGUCAGCUUAAUUUUACAUUACAUUAUUUUAACUUCACGAAAAUUCGCU